GCGCGGCCUGCGGCAGCAUGAAAAAGAACCAGACGGUGCAGGGCACCUUCAGCAAGAUCUUCGGCAAGAAGCACGCCAACCCCAACGCCACCUCCCUCUACGCGACCAAUCCCCCCUGGAUUUUCACCCAGGAGGCCCGGGAGGAGGGCAGCAGGGACUUCGAUGGGAUUUAUUAUGGAGACAAUCGGUUUGACACGGUCAGCGAGUCAGGAACAGCUACACUGAAAGCUCGGCCAAGAGUUCGGCCCCUACUGACCUUCCUUCCACUGAAUGCCCAGGAGAACCAUGCGCUGGCUGUGCCCACCCCCUCUGUCCCAGAAGACUUUGCAGACAAAGAAGUGACAGGUACCAGCUCCCUGGUUAACGGCAACCUCCGACUGUACAACUCUGUGGGUGACCUCAGGCUUGGGCACUAUGGCCAGGACCCACUCAUCCCCCCGCCUCCCCCAGGCCCAGCCCCAGGGCCACCCUCAGUGCCGCUCCCAGACACCUCGCAACCUCGAGGGGCGUCCCCACCGCCACCUCCACCUCCCAAGCCUUCCCCACCACCUGCCCUGCUGCUGGAACCCCCGCCCCCGCCCAGCAUGGCCCCACCUCCACCCCCAGUACUGGGGGUCCUGUCCCCCCCAUCCACACCCGCCCCUCCUGAUUUCAUCCCCCCUGCCCCACCCUUGGCCUUUCUAGCUCCACCCCCACCCCCUAUGCCGGCCCCAGCACCCCCGACUGCAGCGUCUCCUCACGUGAAGAGCACGCACCUCUUUCCCCCUGGGGGUGUCACCAAGUGGAAAUCAGACGUAGCACUAAAUGGCAAGCAGCCAGAGGCCCCCGGAACCAGCCCCCCCAGGAGCCCUGCUGAGCCAAAGGGGAGCCCUCUGGGACCUAAGUCAGAGCCCCAGCUCACCUUUCCCCGUUCAUUCAAGGUGCCUCCUCCAACCCCAGUCAGGACUUCGUCCAUCCCCGUUCAGGAAGCACAGGGGGGUUCUCCUGAGGAAGAAGGGGCCGCCAAGAAGGCCCCCGGUCGACUCCUACUGCCUCCCAACUUCCACAUCCGCCCCGCAUCCCAGGUCUACCCGGACAGGGCCCCUGAGCCAGAUGGACCCGGGGAGCUCAGGACUCUGGCACCUGGCAGCCCGAGGCUGAGCCAGUCCCAGACCUGGACAAAGGAGCAAACUGAGACUCUGCCCUCAGCCUCUCCCCUGCCUCUUCCCACAGCCCCGCUCCCUCCGCCAGCACCCCCACUCCCUCCACCAGCACCCCCACUCCCCCCAGCUGCCCCUCCUUUGCCCUCUGAUGAGAAGGCAGUUCCUCCACCUGUUAAGUUUCUGAAAAGCCCCAAAUCCAGCUCUCCUCCCAAACCCAAGCCCAACCCCCCUAGUCCAGAGGACACAGCCUCUUCAGAGCCUGUGGACUGGCGGGAUCCCAGCCAGAUGGCAAAGCUUCGGAGCGAGCUGGCAGCCUACCUCUUCGGCUCCAGGAGAGAGGACCAGUGCACCAGUCAGCAGCCAGGCCCCCCGGUGGCUUCUCAGGGAAAGGAGGGCAAGAAGAGCCCCAGCCUGCCUGAGAAGGAGACCCCCCCAAGGGAUCCUGGGAAGAGUCCCUGUCCAGAGGGAGAGGCGGCUGCCAGCCUGCCCCUGCCCCCUGUGGACUACCUGUCCCCAGGCUCUGCGGCUCCCAGUGUCCAGCAGAUCCGGAACGAGCUGGAAGCCCGGCUGUCCUUAGCAGAGAAGGAAUCCAAGCCCAGCAAAGGGUCUCUGCCUCCUAAACCUCGGCUAGAAGGGGGAAGAGUCUUUGAAAACAGAGCUGAUAAUGGCCAAUUCUCUAAGCCUGUGGCCAAGACUAUGCCACCAUUAUCCACCACCCCUCUGCCAGCCACACCACGCCAGUCCAAGGCCACAUCUGGACCAGCUAUACCUGGGCCAGCCACACCUGGACCAGCCACACCUGGGCCAGCCACACCUGGACCAGCCACACCUGGGCCAGCCACACCUGGACCAGCCACACCUGGGCCAGCCACACCUGGACCAGCCACACCUGGGCCAACCACACCUGGACCAGCCACACCUGGGCCAGCCACGCCACCCAAGGCUGGGCCUGGGCCUGCUGUGCCUUCUGCUGCAGCAACUCUGCCCACCACAUCGUUACAGCAGACAGCAGAGAAGAACCUGGUCCCAGCCGAGCAGAGGAAGAAACCCAAACCUCAAGAAUUUGCAGUGCCUUCCCAGCCAAAGGCAGAAGGGCGGCCCUCAGAGGCCAGUGAACCUCCCACACAGGGUGCCUUCUCAUCUCCAGCCCUCCCGCCAAAGACAGCCGCUGGCAGAGAAGAGGCGGCGUUUCUCUACAGGCCUCAUCGAAGCCAGAACAGCCCCGGUAGAGAGGUUGCCACGGUGAUGCCCACCAUGGCCAGAGGAGAGGCUGCCGCAUCAGGGGAGCCUGUGGAAGCAAAGGAGCCCCAGGGGCUGUCAGCCAAACCCCCAGCCUCAGCCCAGCCCGCUGACGAACUCCUCAGGCACCCGGUGACAGGGGAGGUGGUGGAGCGGGGCUCCCCGAUGGCCCUGCUCCUUGCAGCCAGACAGAGGGCGCAGAAGGGAAGGUCUCGGGCGGCUGGCCUGGGUCGGUCCUCCCUGCCGGGGAGCAUCCGUGUCCACAGCAGCCCACCCCAGGCAUGCUCUGACAGCAUCUUCCUCAAGGAGGGCCGGCCCAACUCCUUCACUGUGGUCCCCAGGUUACCCCCAGAGGCUGGGCAGGACCCCCAGCAGGCCUCCUCCACACAGCCCUCUGGGCCCAGCCCGUGGAAGGCCCAGCCCGACCGGGACUCAGAGGACACAGAGCCGAGCCGAGAGUACAACCGGGCCAAGGCCCCUGUGGCCUGGGAAAGAUCAGCGUCCUCCAACCUUCCCCAGGGCCACCUGCUGCCCAAGUCCUUCUCCUCCCCUUCUUCCCCCUCCUACAAGGGCGAGGAGGAGAAGUUUGGCUUUGAGGUCAUCCCACCACCGCCGGAGUUCAGCAAUGACCCCCCAGCCUCGGCUCUGCAGUACCUGGGCCGCCAGGGCUCCCCUCCGGGGAACAAGUUCUCAGACUUGGGGCAGCCCCUGGACACGGGCCCCGCGAUCUCUGCGCGUUUUCCAGCGGGUGAGCGCUACUGCGGCGCUGGAGGCCUAGGGCGCUUCUCGAGGGGGAGCCGCUCGCUCAUUAAGAGGCGCCUGUACGUCGGGGAGCCCCACCGCAGCCCUGGGCUGUCCCGCGGGGGCACUGGCCGCAGCUUGAGCUCCCCCAACUGCUUUGGGCCGCAGCCGGGAGGCCCGGAGGUGCGGCGCGUCAACUCUGCGGGCCGAGCACGUCCCAGCGGCCUGGGAGCACGGAGGAUGUCCCUGGAGGGCUCCACUCGCGUAGAGGCCAAGUUCAAAGCUCCUGGCAAAGCUCCCACCGGUGACCGCGUUCUCCCCUCCUCUACAACUACCGGCAGGUCUCCCCGCAGCACCCCCCACUAUAGAAGCCCCAUCAACACGUUCACCGUGAGGCCUGGGACCCGCCAUCCCAUCUCCUACGCCUACUCAGGAGCCCAUCGGAGUGGCCCGUCCUGAGCCCAGGGUUCCAGCAGCUCUAGUCCAAGGGCGCAGAUGGGACACUGGUUUUCGUGGGGGUGGGAGGGAUGCAGCAGGCGUUCCACGGCAGCCUGACCCAGACACAGUCUUUGCUCUCCGAAGGCAGGGGAUGGACAAGGAGGGAGAAGCAGUGGUUCCAGGAAGAUCAAGAGCGGGCCUCUGCGUCCGGGGUGCUGUGGACUGUCUGUCGAUGGGGGUGGGGGGAAGGAGGGAGGGGAGGAGGCACCUUCAGGAGCCUGGAGCCCGAGUUUCUGCUAUCUGGUACUAUUUGCUUUAGCAAGGCUUAUUUAAAGCAGUUUUACAAGCACGGCCUACCGAACAGGUUCUAAAAGCAAGGGGUGGGGCAUUAAAUUCCAGUGGGAACCCAUCUUGGGGUGGCUCUGACUGCCUCUCGGGCCCUCACCACGGGCCGACCGCGUGGGGGUGCAGGGCACUAUAGGCUGACCUCUCCAGUGUCUACCUGUUGCCACCCCAAGAGGUGACUCCUAGCACGCAAGGUGGGACCAGGAAUGUGCCUACAGAACGUGUGGGGCAGGGACCAGAGAGUGCUUUUCAUUAACCGGCCAAGGGCGGGGCUGGGGGACCUGAUGGCUCCUUUCGCUCUGGCCCAGGCCUUUGUUGUAGGGAGGCCCAGGGAGCGAAGCCUUGGCGAGUUUGCGGUGGGAACAGAGGAUCGAGGCAGCUGUGACUUGUGGGUUGGGCUCAAGGGUCAGAAGGCCUGGGGCUCAACAGCAAAGUCCUUAAAAUGUGCGGCCCAGAUGCAGUAAGGCCGUGGAGAGUGGGAGGUGGCAGGGAUGGGAAAUGUGGUCUGCGAGAUCCUGGCUGCCGACCAGGAGUGUCUUGGAAAGUGAAGAGUGGUAGGACUGGGCCGGUUCAGAGCAGGGGGCCGUCAGUAGGGUGGCCGUUCAUCCUCUGCCUGGGCAGACCCGGUUUAUGCCUGUUUGGCAGUGAAUGGGACCCCCUUCCACUUUCAAAAAAGUCCUGGUUCGGAUGAUAUGUCGUCACCAACCAUCUCAGGGAACAGUGUUCCUCUCUCUGUCCCUGCCUUCAGGCCUUGGCGGGCCGUGGGACCUUUAUGAUGUGUGGUGACCUGCCAGGGUACGAGUUCGUGGGGACAGCAGGUGAGCCACUUCAGGGAAAAGGAGUGCAGGGCUGGGCAGGCCCCUGGAUGGGGCGGGACUGGGUACUGGUGUUGGAGGAGCAAACCUCACCCCACACUGUCACCAGUUCUGCAUGUAUGUAUGUAUUUUCCCUGUACAACGUUUUAUAAAAGAGCCCACUAAUUUAUCUGCUGUGUUGAGGAGGGGUGGGGCGUGCGUUCCUGGCUGUAGAUUGCUCUGGGCUGGGUGGGGAAGGACUGGCUCUCACUUGGCUUGGGAACUAAACAGGCCAGUUUGGAUAGGCGUCCUGCUCUGCGGCUGCGGGUCGACAGCUCCGAGUUCCUGGGGCCCCGUGAUGAGGGGCUGGGAGAGCGCAGCUGCGGGAGGCUGAGCACGGGCUGGUGGCUGAACUGACCGGUGAGCCGUUGUGCUGGGCCUAACCUUUGUCUUCUGACCCUGAUUCUCUCUUGUUCUCCAAAUCCACCAAGGGAAAGGGGCAGAGCUGAGGCCUGGAAAUAACAAACUGCAUCCUUAAGCAAGUUUCUCUGACUCUCUGAACCUCGGUUUCUCUUUCUGUACCCUGGGCAUGAUAAUAAUACCUACCUCAUACAGCUGUUGUGAUGAUUGGAGACAGUUGUGAAUCCAUUUAACGAGUAUUUGAGUGACUACCAGACGGCAGGCACUAUGCUGAGCAUGACAUACAGCAGUCAGCACACUGACAGGACUCCUACCCACAGCAAGGUUGCGGCUUAGUGGAGGAGAGUGGGGAGGAAAAGAACCCACGGAACAUCAUAAGUUAUAGUAAAGCGGGAGGAAGGGAAGGAACGGGGAGGUGAGAGCAACUGGAGGGUGAGGGACAGAAGUGGGUCUGCUUUGGCCAGGCAGUCAGGGAAGGCCUCCUGAAGUGGUGACAUCUGUGCCGAUUCGGGCAAAGCGUCCUGCAUGUGAAUAGCACUCAGUAGUUGCUCAAUAAACUGCAUCUUUGGGUGAUGACUACUUUA